AAAAGAGGAAAAAAAUGUUAUCUUCUACCUCCUUAGCUGCUCUUCUCCAUGGCCGCCCCCAUUAUCCUUUCCGUCCGUCGAAGGCGCAUCUUUUCCUAGCUCUCCCCAACAACCCUACCCGUUUCCUGGCCUCCGCCUCCGUCCGGGUCGCCUAUCCUCCCCGGUGGCAUCUCCGCGCCGCCGACGGGGAGCGGGACAACCGCGUGCAGGAGCUGAGGGUGCCCGAUUCUUGGCUGACGCCUGCAGGAGCAACGCAGGAAUCUGAAUGGCUGAGGGAGACACUGCGCAAGUGGCUCGACGACGAGUACUGCCCGGAGCCGGCCAACGUGGACAUCAGCAGCACCGCCGCGCGGUCGUAUCGCGAAUCCCUGAUAGCGGGGCAGUCUGACCUGGGAGAGAUCUUGCUGAGGAUGGUGGGCGACCUGGACAAGCUGUCGUACAGGGAGAGCUUCCACGGCCCCUUCUCGGCCGCCAACGCUGCAGUCCGUUUGAUCGCUCAGAGGAUGGAGGAGUCACUGCCUGAUGAAUGACGGUGGUGCGCGACCUGGAGUUUCUAUAUGGCACGACUUUUGAUGAAGUCGUAGGCUAUAUGUACUUUUGACGAUGAACAAUUCGAUCACCAUUCCUCACCGAGGCUGUCGCUGACAGAAAAUGGUGAGAAUAGGCUCGAGACUUCAUUUUUCUGCUGAAAUUCGCCAACGUACUAUUCUGUUUAUGAGCAUGUCUUUGAGACGAGCGGUGAAA